UUUACGUAUCAUUGCAAUAUCGAAGGAAGGCUUCUUGCAUAGCAUUGCAGUCAUGAACUCCCUUUAUGCCAUCAUAGCUCUCCUCUCACUUCUUUUGUUCACUACAACUGUACAUUCAAGAAUAGGUGCAGGAGGCUACAUGAAAAAUUCCAUUGAAAAGCAACCCAUGCCAGCAGACUCAUGGAAGCUCGUAAAAGAACAGGUUGAGCUUAACAAUGCUGAUCUAUCUGAUGAUAAGGCUGAGAAAACCAACUGCAAUGAAAAUGGGAAACCUAACAGUGAAUUUGAGAUUGUCGAGUUUGAACCGAGACCUGAUGUCACAAUUUACCAUGGUGACAGUGAAGUAACAGAGUCCAGAACUCUUAAAGACGAGCUAGAGUCUAAGGCCAUAGGUAACAUGCACCCUAAGGAUAAAGGUCCUAAAGAUAAGCUGCCAUUUGAAGUCAAAGCCAAAAGGCAUGCAUUUGAAGAAGAUUUUGAGCCAAGGCCAAAUAUUUCUGUGUACAAUGACUGAGGAAAAUGAGAGGUGAUGAAAUACUGGUGCAAUUAUGGUGCUGUUUUUAAAUAAGUUUUUAUGAUUAUGAUUGUAAGAUAUAUGUGGUUUGAUUGUUUGAUAUUUCAAGUCGAGUAACUGUAAGCUUCAGGAUAUGUACGUGUGAUGCAAUCCUGUAAGAAGUUAAAUAAGUUGUUUCAUCCCUGAAUGCAAUUCGUGAAUAGUACGUAUCUGGUUAUUGUGAAUUGUUA